GUAACCAACAGAACACUAGAGGGCACUCCUGUGCAGAAAAAGGUUAUAGGGUUGUAAUGAGAAAAGAAGAAUAAAUGGAUGUUCAAUAACAGAGCUGUUUGCGUGUCCUGAUGUUUCACCUCCGAGUUUAAGAUAUAACCAUCUGUUACAUGGUGUCAGAAGUGGUUUCCACAACCUGGAAAGAAUGAAAUAAGGAAUUGAGGGAGAAAAGAAUGCGAUGUUGCACACGGACUGCAAGAAAAAAAAAAGGGAAUUGAAACAGUGCUCAAGUGCAAUUGAGAACGGGCCAGUGAAAAAAAAAAGAAAACGAUCAUCGGAGCAGUGCGCUCGAGAUUAAGAGUAAGUGAACAGUCAAAAUAUGGAUCAGAUAUUUUCACUGACACCUCCGGGAAGUUUCAACUUCGACGAGCCUAGUUCAUGGCCACAGUGGAUGCGCCGCUUUGAACGAUUCAGAGUAGCAUCGGGCCUUGCAGAAAAACCCUCCGCCUACCAGGUAAACUCUCUUCUUUACAUUAUGGGGGAGAAAAGUGACGAUAUAUUAAAUACGUUACCCCUAAGCGAGGAAGAGAAAAAGAGUUAUGAAGAAGUCAAGAAGGCUUUAAGUGAGCACUUUAUCGGCAGACAUAAUGUUAUUUAUGAGAGAGCGAAAUUCAACAGCAGAUUUCAACAGCCUGGCGAAUCAGCAGAGAGUUUUAUCACGGACGUGUAUAAGCUCGCGGAACACUGCAGAUAUGGCGACCUUCAUGAGGAAAUGAUCAGAGACCGUAUUGUAGUGGGCAUAAGAGAUGCAAAGCUCUCAGAGAGACUGCAACUAGAUCCAAAUUUGACAUUGGAUAAAACAAUAACUCAGGUCAGACAAAAUGAGGAAAUAAAACGUCAGCAGCCAAUAAUAAGACGAGAAAAGUCCGAAGUAAAAGAAGUUAACGUUGAUGCAGUCGUAACAAAGAGAACAUCUAAAGCAAAAAUGACAUUACAAAAGGCAGAGGGGACAGUGCAGAGAACGCAAAGUUUUUACAAUGCGACUCCUAAAAUAAAACAGAUGGAUUCCUGCAAGCGAUGCGGAAAAAGUCCACAACACCCAUGGAAAUUGUGUCCAGCUAGAGAAGCGGAAUGCAGAAAAUGCAGAAAAAAAGGACAUUUUGCUACAGUAUGCCGGUCAGUUCAAAGACUCGAAGCGAUCGUUGACAGUUCAUAUGAUGAGUCUGCAUUCUUGGGAACAAUCCAGACCCAAAAACAAGAGAAUAUGUGGCAACAGAAAAUACUGGUGAAUAAAGAACCAAUCACCUUUAAAAUAGAUACAGGUGCAGCAGUCACAGCUAUUCCAGCAUCUUUGUAUUCAGCUGAAAAGCAAGGGAAACUCAAAGAUUCCAAAAAGAAGAUCCUGGGACCUAACAGUACUCCAUUGAAAGUGAUGGGUACGUUUAGUGCAUGCCUGCAGAAGGACAAAAAGAGAAUUUGGCAGGAUAUAUAUGUGGUAACGGAUCUAGUGAUGCCGCUGCUUGGACUGCCUGCAAUUCAAAGCUUACAAUUACUACAACAGGUAGCCAACAUACACAAACCUGGAGAGCAGUACAAGGCAAUGUUCCCCAAAGUUUUCUCGGGACUCGGAAAAUUAGAGGGCAGCUACAAGAUCAAACUGUCGGAAGGAGCCGUCCCGUAUGCUCUAUCAGCCCCACGACGAGUACCGCUACCGCUCGUGGAGAAAGUAAAACUGGAACUCCACAGAAUGGAAGAAAUGGGAGUCAUUCGACGAAUCGAAGAGCCUACUCCCUGGUGCGCGGGUAUGGUUGUCGUGCCAAAACCGAAUGGCAAUAUCAGGAUUUGCGUCGAUCUCACACGGUUGAACGAGAAUGUGUGCAGAGAAAGACACAUACUGCCAGCUGUAGAUGAGACUUUAGCACAGCUAGAGGGAGCAGCUGUGUUCUCCAAAUUAGAUGCCACAUCUGGGUUCUGGCAAAUACCCUUGCAUGAAGACUCCGAGCCUCUAACAACAUUCAUUACACCCUUUGGGAGAUAUUGCUUUCGGCGUCUUCCUUUUGGGAUAUCUUCAGCCCCGGAGCAUUUCCAGCUCAGGAUCUCUCAGAUCAUUGCAGGAACGACUGGAGCUCUUUGUCAUGCAGACGAUGUCCUAGUGUUUGGAAAAGAUCAAAAAGAACACAAUGAGAGACUGUGUGAGGUGCUGAAGAAGUUUGAAGAAGCAGGACUAACACUGAAUGAUAAGUGUGUCUUUGCUGUUGAUAGAGUGAAGUUCCUAGGCCAUACCAUAAGUGCUCAAGGGAUCGAAGCAGACGAGGACAAGAUUAAAGCCAUCCUCAACAUGCCUGAGCCAGAGAACGUGGAAGGUGUGAGACGUUUCAUGGGAAUGGUUAACUACGUCGGGAAGUUUUCACCUCAUUUGCCGACUCUCACGAAGCCACUGAGAGACCUGUUAAGAAAUGACAACACCUGGACAUGGGAUGCACAGCAGAAAGAAGCGUUUGCAAAAGUAAAGAAAGAACUCAGCUCACCAGCUAUACUAGCACAGUAUAGUCCGAACAGUGAGACUAUAGUUUCAGCCGACGCUUCAUCUUAUGGUCUAGGCGGGGUGCUCAUGCAGAAACAAAAAAAUGGUGAGUGGAGGCCUGUCGUAUAUAUCUCAAGGAGUCUAACCCCCACAGAGACACGAUAUGCACAAAUUGAAAAAGAAGCUCUUGCGACAACAUGGGCAUGUGAGCGACUCAGUGCAUAUUUGCUUGGAUUGGAAUUUACAGUGCAUACCGACCACAAACCCCUAAUAUCACUGUUGGGCAACAGACCAAUUGAUGAUUUACCUCCAAGAAUUCUUCGUUUCAGACUGAGGCUGCUCAGAUACAAGUACAACAUCAUGUACGUUCCAGGAAAACAACUGGUCACGGCAGAUGCGUUGUCACGAGCGCCAUCGGGACCUGAAAAAUCAACAGAAAACGAAACAUUGGAGGAUGAGUGCAGAGUUUUUGUGGAUCUCAUAGUUCAACAAAUCCCUGCAACAAAAACAAAACUGAAACAGAUUCAGGAAAUGCAGAAUGAGGAUCUAACCUGCCAACAACUAAGACAGUAUACACAAAAAGGAUGGCCAGACCAUCAGAAAACGGUGUCGGAACAUCUCGUGCCAUACUGGUCUCAUAGGGCAGAUAUCCACGUGGCAAACGGUAUCCUACUGAAAGGAGAACGAAUUGUGAUUCCAAAACCCAUGCAGAGAGAGAUGCUCGAAAGACUUCAUCAAGGUCAUCAAGGAAUGACGAAGUGCAUUGCAAGGGCACAGCAAUCUAUAUGGUGGCCAGGUGUUAUAAGAGAUGUAAGAGAGUUAGUGGAGAGAUGCGACAUCUGCUGUCAGCAUUCCCAGCAGAAAACAGAGCAAUUGAUGCCAACACCUUUACCAGCGAGACCCUGGCAACGAGUCGCAGCUGAUAUCUUCCAAUGGGAAGGAGGACAUUAUCUGGUGGUGGUUGACUAUUUCUCGAGAUAUAUUGAAGUUGCAAACUUGCCAAAACUCAUAACAGCAACAACAGUGGAGAGGCUGAAGGUCAUCUUUGCCAGGUUUGGAAUCCCUGAAACACUGGUGACAGAUAACGGUCCACAGUUUGCGUCAUGUGAGUUCGCAGAGUUUUCCCGAGACUAUGACUUCAAACAUGUCACAAGCAGUCCACGUCACCCCCAGAGCAAUGGAGAGGCAGAGCGAGCGGUGCGUACAGUAAAACAAAUGCUGAGAAAGAACCAAGACCCUCAGAGAGCUCUUUUGGCCUACAGAUCGACUCCAUUAGCUCAUGGGAUCUCACCUGCAGAACUCUUGAUGGGGAGAAGAAUAAGGUCAACAGUCCCAGUUCCACCUAAAUCUCUCACCCCAAGAUGGCCUGACCUGAAAGUGUUCAGAAGAAAAGAUAGGAUGUUAAAAGAGAAACAACAGGAAACAUUCAGAUCUAGACACAGAGCGAAAAAUCUACCAGUCAUCAUACCUGGACAGAAAGUGUGGAUCAGGACAUCGAAAACCACUGGAACGGUCCGGGGGGAAGCAGCAACGCCAAGAUCGUAUCAGGUAGAAACAGAGAUGGGAACACUGAGAAGGAAUCGAGCUCAUCUUACUGUUCUUCCAGAACCAACUCAGCAAGAGGUCAACGUUACAGUGACAAGGUCAGGUAGGAUUUCCCGUCCACCAGAAAGAAUGGACUUAUAAGAUGAAUUAGCAUAGGUAGACCUGCUGUCAAGAAAAGGGCAGAAUAACCCCUUCAGCAGAGUCAGGAAUGCCCAGGUAGUCUACCCUGGCUUCCAGCUUAAGAAAGAAAGUUCAAUGUUAUGUUAUUGAGAUGUUUGUUCCCUGGAAAAAAAAAAAAAAGAGAAUAUAUAACCAUGGGGAUAUAAGUAUGUAGAAUAAUAAUAAUGAGAUUUUGAGACUAAAAGGGGGGGAUGUAGUGUAACCAACAGAACACUAGAGGGCACUCCUGUGCAGAAAAAGGUUAUAGGGUUGUAAUGAGAAAAGAAGAAUAAAUGGAUGUUCAAUAACAGAGCUGUUUGCGUGUCCUGAUGUUUCACCUCCGAGUUUAAGAUAUAACCA